GAAUCUCAUCACUGUGAUGGCUGAUGAGCAGCAACACGCGGGACAGCUGCUCCAGUCCGGAUCUCUGCUGCCCACUGGACUGCAAGGAACCGAGGGCAGUGCACUACAGCUCAAAAUAAAGAACUCGAUCUGCAAAUCUGUACAGUUGAAGGUGGACAGCAUUUUGCAAGAUGUGGAGAGGUUCACAGACAUUGAGAAGCUUUACCUCUACCUCAGGCUGCCCUCGGGCCCCAGCAGCAGCAGCAGCAGCAACAACAGCAGCAGCAGCAGUGAGAAAAUCGGCGAGCAGAGCUGCGUGUCCUCGAGCCGUAUGCAGCAGAUGCACGCGUUCAGCUGGAUACGGAAUCACCUGGAGGAGCACGCGGACACCUCGCUCCCCAAACAGGAAGUCUUCGAUGAGUACAAGGGCUACUGUGACAAUCUGGGCUAUCACGCGCUCAGCGCUGCCGACUUCGGAAAGAUCAUGAAGAACGUUUUUCCCAACAUGAAGGCGCGCCGGCUCGGCAUGAGGGGCAAAUCCAAGUAUUGCUAUAGUGGCCUGAGAAAGAAGCCGUUCAUCCACAUGCCGUCUCUCCCGAAUCUGGACAUACACAAAACGGGAGAUGGGUGUGAGGGCUUUGAACCCACCGGGCAGAGCUCCAGUGGGGAGGAUGAGAUUCGCUCUGCUGCCUGUGAUCUGGUGUGUGAGUGGGCUCAGAAAGUGCUGAGUCGUCAGUUUGUUAGCGUGGAGGAUCUGGCACGCUUCCUACUGAACAGCCACUACAUCAGCACUAAGUCUGUUGCUGCUCUUACCGUGAUGACCGGAUCCCCUUCAGGGGCCCCAGUGUCUGUUCAGUCGUCUGCGUUCAUGCCCACAACUGAUGCCCACUCCUUCCAGCCUCAGGUCAAAACGCUGAACUCCCCUUCCAUCGACGCCAAACAGCAGCUCCAGAGGAAGAUCCAGAAGAAGCAACAGGAACAGAAACUUCACUCCCCGCUUUCUCCUGAAGCUCAGAGCAGGAGGCCGGAAGGGGUCACUACUCCUUGUGCAAGCACAGGAAUCCCAUGUGGAAGUCCUGCCCUACUUUCACCACAGCCCACCAUCGGUAUUGUGGUAGCCGCAGUUCCUAGCCCAGUUACGGUUCAAAGAAGCAGACAGUUGAUGUCUCCCAGCCCAGUUCCUGUGGCAGCAGCGGAAAGCAAGGUGCUCCCUGUAAAUUUUCAGGUGGUCACCCAAUCGGUGCAGCCUGUGAACCGAUGUCCAAAGACCCCUCAGAAUGUCCCCGCAAGUCCUGUUGGUGAUCGCCCAGCACGCCAUCGCUACGCCCAGAUCCUGCCUAAACCAGCUACAACUAGCACAAUCACGCUACGUUCACCUCCUGCACUCCUUAUCACCAAAAGUUCCAUCAAGACUGUCAUACCAUCCAAGGACAGCUCCGUCAACAUUGUGAAAAUGACAGCCAUAUCUCUGGGGCCCACCAACAGUACCACCAGCACUGCUGCCACCACAGCUAGACCUGCCUCCGCUGGAAUCACCAGCCGUAGUGAUGACCUCCAGCCUGUUACGCGUGUACGUAGUGGCUCCAUUGCUGCAAUGCCGUCAACACUGUCAAAGCCAGGACACGCAACCAUGACAUCAGCGGUCAACAUCAAGUUGGAUGUUGUUGAUGCUCUAGUACAAGCAGGAGACGUUCAGGGUGGGACAGCUGGUGCGGGUAUGCAAGUAGAAGGAGCACUCAAACCCAGAGCUGCAAGUGUGCCUACACCUCUAGCUAAAGUCUCUGCAGGACUAGACAGGCAAUCAGGGAACAAAUUUAAUGGCCGGAUGCUCCCUAAUGAAAACAAUUUCCCUGCUGCCAGCAAUAAUAAUCCCAGUGAAAGCACUUCAUACCAGGACAUAGCCAAUCAGAGUACCAGUAGUGCUCAAAUAACAAAUAGCAGCGCAUUUAUGACACCACCCAAGGAUGUAGAGUUGGCAUCUCCAAGCCCUCGCAAAAGACAAGGCUUACACCCAGAUUCGAGUCUGACACCCGUCAAAAAAAUUUACAUUUCCGAGGCAAGUGAUGAUGCAAAAUUGGAUAUGAAAAUAGCAGUGAAGAAUAUUUCCAGGUCUGACACCCCUGUUGAACCAGAAAGUGAACUUUCUUCAGCUGCUGGAAAAGUUAUGGUGAAGCUUACCUCCAGCACUCCUACUCAAAUCAAUGCAUUCUCUGAUAGUCCAGUUGGAAAUACCGGCUUCCAGACAGUCAACAGUGCCCAAAGCAUCUUGCAGGGACAAUGGGAAGGGUCUUCGUCUAAUGUAAAAAAUAUCACUACUGGUACUACAGCUGUGAGUGCCUCUUGCCAGGAUUGUCAGGUCAGGAAUACAAGCUUUCAGACCUUUAACAGACCACGAAGUGUUUCCCAAGGACAGUGGGAAGGAUCUUCAUCUAAUGUGAACAUCAAGCCAAUAGUUACUCGCACUGUUAGUGCCCCAGGUCAGGCACUGGUACAGCAGCAUACAAAUAAAAAUAUCCAAGCCUUGCAGGUAUGUUCAGAGCAGUCUGGCUCCUCUGCAGUAUGUGAACUGAAUACUGUGCUUUGGAAUAAUGAUCAGCAAGGUGGCAAUCAGCAACACAUUUAUUCUCAGCAGGGGACGGUAAAAAACAAGCAAAUGUCUAGUUCUGUUAUGGAGCCUACUGUAAUGACUCAAACUACUGCCACGGGCCAGCUGGUACAGAUGACGAGUGAUAUGGUGGAACAUGUCUCUUCUCAGCCUCAUGUGGGUUACUUUCCGUUUAAUGAUGAUGACAUGACUCAGGACAGUAUAGUAGAGGAACUAGUUCAGAUGGAGGAGCAGAUGAAGAUGAACAGUUCCAUGCAAAGCUUUGAUGGCUGUGAGGACAUGGCACUGCAAACUCAACAGGCUACCAUGCAGAACAACAUGAUUUCCAGUCACCAGGCCAAUACAUCUUGCUACAACUUGGCCAACACUAGCAUCACACCUAUCCACACCCCCACCCAAAGUGCAGAGAUGAUAGGAAUUGGGCAGGGGUUGACCCGUGAGAGCCCUUGCUCACAUUUUGCCCCCACCACUCCUGUAGACAGUGCUCUGGGAAGCAGCUGCCAAACUCCAAUUGGAACACCACACUCAAACUGCAGUAGCGGAGUUCCGCCCAGUCCUGUUGAGUGUAGGAACCCAUUUGCCUUCACGCCUAUCAACUCUAGCAUCACAAGUUACCAUGAUGGCAGCACUAUCUCCUCCAGUCCAGUCAAGCCUAUGCAAAGACCAAUGGCCACCCACCCAGAUAAAGCUAAGCUGGACUGGAUGAAUAAUAACUACAACAACAGCAGUAGUAAUUCCAACAGUGGAAUUAGUAUUCUCCCUAACUAUCAGAAUCUGGUGGAUAACCAAUUCAGGAAACCUCAUGCCUUUGCCAUUCCUAGCCAAACAUAUCCAUCACCAGUCAGGCACCAUGACAUGCACAUAAGUCGCUUGACACCAAUUUCACCAGUCCAGCAGCAAGUGGCUAGCAUGGCAAACCUUAAUAAACAGGAGGGAUUCGCUGUACCAGCCCCUCUUGAUAACAAAACCAGCACUUCCUCCUCUGGCUCAUUCCGCUGCCGCAGUGUCAGUCCAGCAGUCAGGCAGCGCAACCUGAGUGGAACCCCAAACCCCAAUGUCCGCCGUUAUGUGGUCUCUCCUUUUAAUUCACCAGUGACACCAGAAGUGCUGAAUAUCUUUUCAAACAGUCAAGCAAAUACUAGUGUUAGCAGCAUGGUGCAGCGGAGUCAGUCAGUGCCGCUUAAUGUCAUGAUGCAGACAGAGGUUUUGCCCAUGCAAGCUAGUGGGCAAACAAGCAACCCUAAAAACAUUACCAAUGUCCUGCUCAACAAGAUGGAUGGUGACGGAGACAAUGUGGUACGUGGACUUGGCAAGAACAACAUGCCGUCCAGUUACUCUGCUCGCAUGAACCUCUCACAAAUCCUGGAAACGGCUGGUGCUUCCGGUUUCCCUACCAGUGCCAAUCACCAGGCUAUGAUUUCACCUGGCACCUCGGCUUACAAAUUUACAAAGCCUGCUUAUCUCAUGAAGAACAACGGAGGGGAGCAAAUGAGCUUUCCAUCAAGAGAGAUCCAAGGGCAGUUAGUCUCAGAAGAGAGCAAGCAGCUAUCUGAAGAGCGGCGAAAUCAGGCCUUGAUGGUUCCACCGCAGCACGACCUCCAGCAACAUCAGCACCAGCAGUCUUUCCUUUUCAAUACCGCUGAUAAGGACCUGUUAGAUGAAGACAGCUUGAACACUGUCUCUCAGCUUCCAGGCCAGGCAAGUGAACUUGACACUGGAGGUUCAGAGUUUCCUGGUGAUAUGCAACUGACCUCUGAACUCUCCAGUAGCAUGAACGAUUUAAACUCUUUAGAUGCAAACCUACUCUUCGAUCCAGCAUCAAGCCAACAGCAAGUUCAGUAUGAAGAACCAAUGCUGGAGGAACUGAAGAACGACCCGAUAUUCCAACAGAUUUGCAAUGAGACUGUGAAUUCUGCUGGCUUUGACUGGUUGGAGAGCAAGGACCAGGCGACCGUGGAAAUGUUGGGUUAAUUUGUAGCUUGCAUUGUUGAGAUAAUGAAUGGUUUGUAUCUAUAUGUGUGUUCCGCAGGAAGUUGUCUAAAUGUUUACACAAAGCAGUGUUGCAUUGAAUCACUGGGUUCACUUCCUGGGUUGAACAGAAAUUAUCCCUUUUUUUAUGCUGGUUCUUUUUUUCCUCCAAAUUGCUCUGUGCAAAUCUGUUCAAAUUGUGGUGCUGUUGAAUUUCUCUCCAAACGUUCAAAAAUACUGGAAGGAGAAUUAAAAAUUUAGCCAGGGUUCAAGUGUCUCAAAGAAAAUGGUUUGUACUGCUUCUGAGAAAUUCUGUAAAAUUACAGACUGAUCCAAAAAAAAAAGGGAUAUUUCUGCACACCUUGCAGGCAAGGUAUCUUUGUGUAAAUAAAAUUAUUUUUUUUUUUUACGUUUAAUACAUAAUUAUUGAGAUUUUUGAGCUGGCUUAUGUACUGUGAUACAUUCAGUCAUUGUUUUCAGCUUUGCAAAUGUCAAAUAAGUGCUUCCAGGUCAAAAAAAAACUGAAAAACACGCUAAUAAUGAAUUAAAGUAUUACCUUAAAGCAAGGUUCCUCAAAUCUUUCCCUGGAGAGCUGAUGCACUGCAGAGUUUAUCUCCAACCCUGAUCAAACUCCUCUACCUGUGAUUUUCUAAAGAUCAUGAAGACACUGAUUAGCGUGCUAAGGUGUGUUUGAUUAAGGUUAGAGCUAAACUCUGCAGGAAACUGGAUCUCGUGGGCCACAUUUGAGGAUCUCUGCCUUAAAGGAUGGGGGGUAUAACGAACGGGAAGAUUGUACCUGUUCUCUUUUAUAUAUUGUAAUUACACUAUAAAGCUUUUAAAUAUACAUAUAUAAGAUAUGGAAAUUGGCACUUAAAUAUUAUAUACUUUUAAAGACUUCUAAUGCCCAAAGAUAAACAGUAUUGGCUGUGUAAUUAUAAUUGGCUUACUAGUCAUUGUAAACGAAUUAUUUCAUGUAUAUUCCUUUCGAUUUUUCCCUAAUUUUAUAUCUCAGGGUUCCCCCAAAGUUCUAGCUGAGGGAUUCGAUUCGAUAAAUGAUGCAUAGAACCGAUCGGGUUUUGAAUAACAAUCAUUAAAAGUCUUGAAUAUUUGCACUAACAAUCACAGUUUCCUGCCAUUUCCUUCUGAAGGCACGAAAGACGACUGUUUAAGAGAAUAAUUAAGGACGUAUUCUUAAAGCUCAGUCUAGACAUCACUGGAACAUGACGAGCACGACUGUUGUCCAUUUUACUGUGUGCUCUCACUGUGUAUCAGAAACCUUUCAGAAUAAUAACUAUGAAAAUGAGUACAGCCAUCUUGAGUAGCAAAGCCAGAUUUAGAUAAGAUAAGAUCGUAAGGAAUUUAAACAUGUCAGUAAGAGAUUAUUCAGGAUCUGAUUAAUCUGUAGAUUUUUAUUCUAUCUAUGCAUUUUGGAAUCAGUUGAUCUGCCACUUUUUUUGGUUUAGUGGGAGUUUUUUUACAUGAACUUUACAUUUUUACGUAAUGUUCUUACAUCUUCAACAUUUUGCAAGAGAGAAAAAGAAAAUCGUCAUUUCUAUCAGAUAGAUUGAUUUGUCAUUGUAAGAAGUGCGUUGUUGUGCUGAAUAUUUUUUAAAAAAUUUUCUGUAGUGAUUUGUGACUUUUGUGACGUUUUGGGUUUAGUUUACUAUCCUUGCACUGUUACAGAUGGAAUAUUGUGUUAAAUACCAUAGGACGAGUAGCACUAUGUCGUUGGUAAGAACUAAAGCUGAGAAAACAAGUCAUAGCUAAAUAAAUAAAUAAAUUAUAAAAUAAAUAACUAUACAAAAGAUUGUGUAGAAUUGGUAGCAUAGCAUGAUGCUAAUAAACUUGUGCCUGAUGUAAAAACACAAAGUCAAUUUGUGAAAAGGUCUCUGCAAUACAUCUCAGCCUUACAGUCCCUCCAAUACCAAAGAAAAGCUCCGGAAUUUGAGGGGAGUUUUUUAUUUGGAAUUUUAUACCUUUUUUUUAAAAAUUAUAAUUCAAUUCAAUUUUCAAUUCAAUUUAUUUCUAUAGCGCCUUUUUACGAUGGACAUUGUCUCAAUUGUCUAAUACGAAUUUGUUUGGGUUUUUUGGGCAUUUUUAUAGGCACUCAAUUGUGUUGUUUUUUCUGAUUUGUAACAUGCAAUCCGUCAUGUAGCACUGAAACUUUUACUAAAAGAAUGUUUUAAAAUAAAUCGCACUACUGGUAUCAUUUAUAAACGACAAAAAAAGUGUAGCAGUGCAAAAGACUGUUAAAAUAAUCCACUGAUAUUAAGAGUGUGUGUGUAUAAUGUGUAUGUAAGAAUCACAGACACUAUAUAAUGUUACUGCUGUAGUUAUUGUCGUUGUUGUUGUUGUUGUUCUCGUCGUUGUGGUUAUUAAACUGUUAAACUUGUAUUUAUCAGAAGCCAGCAAAUGUGCAACCUGCCUGAGGAAUUAGUCCUCAUGUACAACAAGAUAAUUGCAUGUGUUCCUGUGUAUUUAGUUUUGUAUUGUUUAUUUAUGCUCCGUGUUUUUAAGAACAAAGAGAAAACAGCGUGUAUAUAUAAUAAAUAUUUAAAGACGUUAUGUCAGGUUACAUAUCUUUCUGUCAUGGACAGGGAUUUGAAUCUGUAAACCCAACAGAGGUGGAUUAAUAAUACUGUUUCACUAAUUUCUUAAUCUCAAGAUAAUAAAACAAGACCUGAAAAUAUUAUACUAAGAGUUUAAAACCCAAGCUUAAAUUAAAAAAUAUAUAUAUAGUGAUCAGAAAAGAAAACCCUAAAUAUAAUUGGAAGAAUUUAUUUGCUUACAUUUUCUGUCUUUAAAAGGCUUAUUUAGUUAAUCCUUCUGAAAUCUAUGUAGAAAGUUUCUUUUCUUUCAACUAGUCAUUGUUUAAUUUAAUCAUGGGCCAGAACUCUGGGUAUUAUUCUGUGACCUAAGACCUUUACCCCUUUAUGGUGUUAAACCCUGUACAUCUGACAUGCUUCAUAAAGUUGUUAUGACAUUUUGGAUUUUUUUUUCCCCUCUCCCUUUUUGCAUUGAAAGGGGUCACUGACUUAUUUUAUGUGACUAAUAAACAUUUUGUAAAUUAU